AUGGCACCUGUGAAAAAGCUUGUCACAAGUAGGGGGCAAAAAAAAAAGCAGGUUUUUAAUUUUAUACUUGACUGCACCCAUCCUGUAGAAGAUAGAAUUAUGGAUGCUGCCAGUUUUGAGCAGGUCCUCCAGGAGAGGAUCAAGGUGAAGGGGAAAGCUGAGAAUCUUGGCAGAGGGGUUGUGACCAUCAAAUGGAGUAAGAACAAGAUCACUGUCAUUUCUGAGGUGCCUUUCUACAAAAGGUAUUUGAAAUAUUUCACCAAAAAAUAUUUGAAGAACGAUAUUCAAGACUGCUUGUGUGUUGUUGCCAACAGCAAAGAGAAUUAUGGAUUGCAUUACUUCCAGAUUAACCAGGAUGAAGAAGAGGAAGAGGAUUAA